GUAUUUUUGUAUCUUAAUUACUUCUUUAUUUAAAAAUAAAUUGUUUCUACAUGGCUAUUAUUCCGCCUCCUAAAAUAAUAACAUGGCCUUCUGAAGAAAUCUUUCUCAACCCACAAACAUAUAAACAUCAAGUUGUAAAGAAAAGAAAUACUGGCAUUAACGAGAUAUGGUUUUGUAUCACUUCAGAAUCUUCAAUUGUUAUUUCUAAACCAAACUGCGAUGAUAAUUGGAAAAAGAGAAAUGUUAAUUUAUGUGACUUGUACAGGAUAUUUCAUUGGGCAGGAACUACAGCAAUUUAUGAUAGAAUGGGUGAAUGGAAAUCAACAAGAUAAAUCAGAUGUUUGUAAAAGUAAUUCUUUUCGUCGUAUUAAAACACUUUUACUC